AUGAUUUUAAUUGAAAUUAAAGGUGUCGAUAGACAAAAUAGACAAGAAUUUGAGACCUUGGAGAACAAUCGCACUUGGACUUUAGUUCCUGCAACACCUGACAUUACUAUUGUGAACAAUAGAUGGAUUUUUCGGGUAAAACAUAAUGCAGAUGGAAGUGUGGACAGGUAUAAGGCACGCCUUGUUGCCAAAGGCUUUCAACAAAUAGCUGGUUUGCAUUUCUUUGAGACUUAUAGCCCUGUGAUCAAGCCAUGUACUAUAAGAGUUAUCUUUACUCUUGUUGUUAACUUUGGAUGGGGUGUUCAACAAACAGAUGUUAACAAUGCUUUCUUGAAUGCAGAGUUACAAGAAACAGUCUAUAUGCACCAACCUUAA